AUGGACAUUGACACACUGUCGGCGAUGAUUCCAGGGUCUUUUCCAUUUUCACCAAGCUCUCCCUCUUCCACCACCUCUUUCGAGACCACUGACACGGUUGAGAAUGGCGCUGCCUCCAAGACUACCGAUGAAGAGCUUUCCAUCGAUGAAGUUACCAGACAUAUCACCAUUCCACGCUCCUGCAUCCUAAAAUUGGGUGACGCCCUGGCUCAAGCAAAUGAUAUGCUUAAUAAAACAACCAACUCGAUGACCAUCCCAGCCAAGGCCAUGCCCGAGUUCACCUUUCCAGCUCCAGCAGAAAACGCCAGUGUCGAUGCUAAAUGUGUGGAACAAAUCUUUGAAGAUGUCGUCUCAGUACUUCAGGCUUUAAUGGCAAGAGCAGGCUCCAGCAAAGAUGAACCAGCAGAAAUACUUUUCCAAAGCAAGGAGAAAACUACGAGGAGCUGCAACAGAGUGUUAUGGUAG